AUGGUGACGCCUCGAGGGAAUCCUCGCCCGAAGGCGUACCUGUCGAUCGGGGAAUACCUUCGCAAGGCCGGCGCGUUUAAGACCGUCAACGUCUACUACAACGAAAUCAUCAGCACACACCCUUCGGUGGCGUUGAGCGAAGACGGCGAUACGGAGGACGUGGAUGAGCUGGCGCAGGGGAUGAUUGAAGCCGCCCAGCACGGGCACCUGGAGACUCUGCGGUUUCUGGCGGGGAAGGCCCAGACCGGGGGCGAGGAGGGGGGGGUCGGCACCUGCAUUGGGGAGCGGGUGGGGUGUCUAAUGCUUCACCUCGCGGCGGAGGCUGGCCAUGAUACCAUCGUACACUACCUGGUGGAAGACCUGUGGGUGGACGUAGACGAGGCCACCGUGCGAGGCAUGACCGCCCUGCACUACGCGGCAAAGGCGAACCGCACCGCCGUGGUUCGAGAGCUGUCGAGGCUUGGCGCGGACCUGGAGGCCAAGAACGACGCCGGCCAGGUUCCCGCUCAGCUCACCAAGGACCGUUUGCUUCGGCGGCUGUUCCAGCAGUACCUUGGGGGUGGGGGCUGGGGUGGCGCCGGCAGCGGGGCGGGCGGGGCAAUGGUGGACCGGUUCGUUUCGCCGUCGGCGUCGAGGGUGGUCGACUACGUGGCCGUCAUGACGGUCAAGCUCGCGCCGCAGCUGAGGGCGGAGUGCGACGAGCUGUCCGACCUCAAGCAGGCGACGGUGGCACAGGUGUGCCGUUUCCCAGAGGAAGACCACGAGGACACCCCCAUGACGGACGCCUCCAACCUCGCCGAGAUCUGCACGCAGUCGUGCGGCGCGCAAGGCGGGCCCCUAGCGGCGUACGGGACGCUGCUGACGGACACGUCUGGCGCUCGGUCGUACGUGUGGAGCAAGGUGCUAGGGGUGUACCAGGACGCUGCUCAGAAGGGCAGGGCUCGAGUGCACACGGCGCUGGGCCCCCCGCCCGGGGAUAGGGACGGCGCCGUCCCCGCGGGAGAGACGUCGGCCCGCGUCGUCCUGGUGCUGGCGAGGCACCCCUACACGGCCGCCUUCGCCUCCAUCUGCGAGCACAUCGCCGAGCUUAUCCUCAGCGAGGCGUUGAAUUGGGGGUCCCUGUGUGAGUGGCCCCUGGACAUGGAGCAGGAGAGGAACCAGGAGAUCAGGUUCUGCAUGGAGCACUACGCGAGCGAUCUUCCGCUGCCGUUGCCCUCGGCGCAGGCUGAGCACACGGUACUUGACCGAGUGCUGCGUUACGGCGACGCGCACGCCUCUCACAGCAGCUUCCCGCACCUCGAAGAGGCGGAUCUACGCUGCCUGACGUCGCGGCUGGGCCCGGACACCAUCCUCGUGGCUUUGUCGUGUCUUCUGCAGGAACAAAGCGUGCUGCUGCUGAGCGACCACUUGGAAGACUUGGCCCCGGCGACAUCAGCGCUGCUGGGACUCUUGUUCCCGCUCAGGUGGCCGCACACGCUAAUUCCCGUGCUUCCAGCAUCCCUGGUGCACUACUUGGAGGCACCGGUGCCUUUCUUGAUGGGGAUGCAUCAGAAGGGGCUAGAUAGGGUCGGGGCUGACCUGUCCUGCAUUACGAUAAUCAACUUGGGAAAAAAAAAAAAAAGGGGGGGUGCCCAAUCCGGCCAACCCCUCCGGGUAAACCGGUGUGUCCAAAAAAAAAGGCGGCGGAAACUUUCGGGAAAGGAGCCCCAGAAAAGGCCAAGCCGUCGAGACAGCGGCCAGCGCUCGCUCGCAGAGCUCCCCAGGGCCCUCAAGAGUCGAGCGGAAAACCGAAUGAGGCGGUGUGUUCCUCUCGAGGUUUCUCCGGUCACGGACCGUUCUCACCACCAGCCCCGGGCAUCGACGCUCUACACGCCGGGCCUUAGGGUGGCAGUCGUGGACGUCAUGGUGGACUUGUUUGGGGACUAUCAGACAUACCGGUAUGUGCCUGGAUCGCAGAAGCGCAUGAUUGGUGAGGCGCCUGAGGACCACCGUAAGCUACUCGAGGCUGUCUACUCCACCCAGCUGUGGCGAAUAUUCUCGGACGACCUGCUGGCAGAGGAGGCCGGGGCUAACGGCGAGAAUUGGGAGGAGCAGGCUCAGCUCUUCUGCGCGUGCGUGGAGCGGGCUAGGCACCAGGGAGGCGUGUCGGGCCCCAGCGGGGACUCCCACAGCUGUCAGGACGUCCUCUACCCUUCCGAGGACGUGGAGGAGCAGCUAUCUCUCCUCAGCGUUUACCCGGAGCCAACCGACAACGCCAACGGCUCCGCCGAGGGACCGCAGCACGCGGGCGACGGCAUGGCGGACUCAGCGAUCGCUACGGCGAGUGGGAAGGAUCAGACCGGAUCGGCAGAUUGUCGCGAUGAACCCCCGAAGGAAGCUCCGGCGCCAGCGGUUGGUGGGCUGCAAGGGAAGACCGACGAGGUGCUCAAGUCUAUCACAGACUCGUUCGCCACGGUGACCGAUAUGCUCGGCGGGGUGCCACCGGGGGGGGUCUCGAGCAAGACCUCGAACCCGGACGGGGGUAGCGGCGCCGUAGAUGGCGGUAGUGGCGGAGCCUCCUCCGCUGGCGGGGGUCAAGGUGGAGAGGCGGCGGCGGUAAAGCCAGACGGGGGUGGCUGGGAAAUGUUCAAGCCGCCGUCCAUGGCCGAGAUGAAGAGGAGACUGGAAGACAUGACGGCCGGUGGGAUGCCCCUGUCGCCUCCGAAGGUCCCGCUGCAGAAGAGAUCAUCUCCGGGACAACAAUCACCAGCGAGGACGGGCCUGAGCAUCCGAGGGAAGUCGAGGGAAGGCCGAUCCGCGUCCCCGACAAGAAGGGACCCCGGCGCCGCGGCCGCCGCGGGCCUGGCCAAGUUCGGGGACGGGUGGAGAGACUUCCGCCGCCGCAGCGCCGAGGCGGUGGAGGAAGCGGUGACCAAGAUCAAGACCGUCCUCGACGACAGCGACGAGGAGGGGGCCACGGACGAGCGGGUGGCGGCGAGAAUCGCGGAGAAGCGAAGGGCGCAAACCGCGGCCGCCAGCGGCGGCGGCGGCGGCGGCAACAACCCGGGCGACGAUGACGCGUUUUGGAAGCCGUUCGGGGGUGGAGAGGACGGCGACGGCGAGCCCGUGCCGCUGCCAACGGCGGAAGAGGUUCGGAGAGAGACGGCCGUAACCGGCAGCAGGUCUGCUUCCACCGCGCGACGAGACCUCGAUGCGUACUACGGCGGCGGGAGCGGCGAAGGCGGGGGUAGCUGAUGAUGAUGUGUUGUUUUUUGCGUGGCUCGCGCGCUGUCGUGGCUGACGUAGUGCUUGCGGUUCCGUCGGUGAGAGUGAUUGCAAGACAACCACAAGCGAAUCGG